AUGGCGUCGCCUGACGCGCCAUGGUUGACGGGGGCAUGGUCGACGACCGCGCUCACCCUCUGCAUGGCCUCACACGAGCGGCUCGGCGAGAGGUCUCCCCUCCGGCUGGUGGCGUCGCACGCCGAUCUCCUCCGCUGCAUCAUGCGCUUCAUAGAGCUGAUCGUGCCGGACGACGCGCCCUCGCUGGCCGUAGCCAUCGCGCGUGCCGCGCCGGGGCAGCGCAUCCUGCUGCGCCGGGGCGAGCACCACAUCGACUGCGGCGCCGCGCUGCAGCCGCUGAGCGCUCUGCCGCUCGCCAUCCGAGGCGAGGUGGGCGCGGUCGUUCGAGGCACGCUCGUGCUCGGCGCCGGCGGCGGCUCCAUCCACGGCGUGCGCUUCGACGACGCCGGCGGCAGCUGCCUGUAG